AACAAUAGCUUGGAAAAUGGCGACUAUUAUUGUGGAUUGCGACUGAAAACGAGGAAUAGGAAGCGAAGUAAUAAUUAUGCCUGGCGGCUAAGUCAGAUCACUUUGAUAAUACGCAAUAACUUAGUGACAUCAUUGUAGACUAGAUCUAGUGCCUGAAGAAAGACAGAGAGAGCUCAAUGAAUAACUUUAAAAGCGAGGGCCUAGAUAUCUAGAUCUAGAUCUAUCUAUCGCGGUCAGUUCAGUGACGAGGAGCACCCCAUCCUAAACAGCUAAUCCUCAUUAUUCAGCUGAAUGUGACUAUAUGGUUACAAAAGCUGUACACUCAAAAUGGCAGCUGAAUGGGGGAAGAAAGCAAUGGGUCGAAUUGAUCGAUCUCAGUUUGCAAAUGAUGAGCUCCUGAAAUCACUUGGGAAUCAGCUGAAUGUUGACUUUUCCAAGUAUGACCAAUGGCAAAGGAAAGAGAGAGUACUCAGGCCUCCAGCUCCCAAAAAGAAAGUACAAGAUACACCAAUGACCUUUAAAGUGGGAACACUGAACAGAGCAUGCUCGGCAGACACUGCACCCACUCCGAUUCCUCGAGGUCGGAGAGCUCAAGCCAGGAUGGAGGAGGAGAGAAGAAUACAGCAAGAGAAGCUCAACAUGCUUGAGCUCAAGAUCUCCAAUGCAAGACAGUCUGUGCAGCUCUACAACAGAAGGGCCAAAGAACUAAUUGAAAUGAAUUUAGACAUCGCUAAUGAAAUUGAGAGUCAAGAGCAUGAGACACACACAGAAGUAAAGAGGUUGCUCAGGAAAUACGAAAAAUUCAGGGGUGGAAUUGCGACUCUCAACACAAAUUUUGCGAAAGAACUGUCAGAAGCUCAGAGUGAUCUGGAAUUCACAAAAGAGAACAUCAGAUUGAGAAUACAAGCUCUAGAGAGAGAACUUGAAGAAAUGGACAUCAAGUUGAAGUCUAAACAAGACGAACUCAAUGUGUUGCAUAGCUACAAGGACAAAGAGUACCCUGUGAAGGCUAUGAUGAUCGCCAAUCUACACACAGAGAUUGAAAGUGUCAAGAAUUCAAAUCAGGAGGAUCAAGAGGAGCUGGAACACAUCAUCAACACAGAGCUAGGGAAGUACGACAAAGAGAGAAUACGACUGACAAACGAUAUCACUCGCCAAGUUACAGAGGAAGCUGUCGCCAUGAUGCACCCAAGCUUAAAAGACAUGGCACUUCAGAAUCUGGUCAUGAAAAAGGAAAUCGACUUUCACAAACUCGGACAGGAAGAGCUGGCCCGAAGCAAUGAAGUUUUGGAAGAGGAGAUUCAACGGCUGCUCAGAGACCCCAAGUCUAAUAUCAGGCUCCAGAUGUUUCCGGAGUUCUUCCCCAAUAGAGGAAAGUGUACCCCGGAUAUGGACGUUGUGUUGGACAUACCAAAACAAGAGUGGCUUCCCAUCUGAUACCUCCAACCUCCAUGUCUCUGAAUUUCUUCAUCAUGAAGCUCAAGGGCUGAAUUUUCCUCUUCAUAUCAACCAGGGCUCUGAGGAAACCAGUAAGACAUUGAACAUAUUCCAAACUGAUGUUUUACUUGGUCUGAUGGGCACCAGUUGUCAUGGGAAUCCGCCAUCUUUACAUUUGAGUUCGAGCCCUUCAACUCGAUUUUUUUAACAUACCAAACAAAAGAGAAUUUUUCUGUCUUGUCUCGGAAAGCCAGAGCACUUUAG